AUGAGUUACAAUCAACAUGAGGAUGGUAAUCCCUUCUCAACUGAAGAGGUACCUUUGAAUAGUACACCUCCACCUUCACAACAGCAGCCUCAACAACAACAACAUCAUUCACAACCACAAGCUAUAUUCACAAAUACCAACAUCAACUAUGAUACCUACACUAGACAGCCUACACCUCAACAACAACUCCCUCCCUCAACAGUGCCAUCGACAAGCACUCAAUCUACAGCCUAUCAACCUGAUCUCCAAUUCCAGAAUAAGACUACAUCACCAAAGAACAACAAUAUCAAUUAUAAUAAUAAUAGUAAUAAUAAUUCAGAUAGGAUUGGAGGAGUACCUCCAGUAGAUGCUGAUUAUUCAACAGCAUCUUCGAGUAACUUGAAUGAAUAUGAACCGGAUACCAAGACAUACAGCUUCUAUCAACCUCAAUACUACCGAUUCCUAUUCAAUGUGGACACGGUCGAAGUUGGACAUCGCCUUGUCCGAUCAAUGAUGCCAUUCAAGUUCUCAUUCUUCCAUCACAUUCGAGAGAAUCCCGACCUGUAUGGACCAUGGUGGACGACCAUCACAUUGAUCUUUGUCAUCUCUGUCACUGCCAACCUCAAUGAAUAUAUUGGCUCUAAUCAUUCAUCAUGGGAGGUUGACUUUAAGAAGUUGGUCUACAGUACAAUUGCCAUUCUUGGAUAUGCCUUUGCCAUUCCUCUCAUACUUUGGGCGUUGUUCAAGUGGAUGAAGCUCCAGUUGCGUCUGUUGGACAUGGUCUGCAUUUAUGGCUACGCUCUUUUCAUCUUUAUUCCAGCGUCGGUACUUUGUGUCGUGCCAAUUGGUAUCUUCCAAUGGGUGAUCGUCGGUCUGUGUACAUUGGUCUCUGGCGCAUUCCUUGUCACCAACAUCUUCACUCCACUCAAAGAGGACUUUACCAAGAGAGGUCUGAUCAUAUGUGCUGGCAUUGCGGCAUUACAUCUAGGUUUGGGACUGCUCCUCAAGCUCUAUUUCUUUGCCAACAACACUGAUGGCAAACUCGUACCAACUCCAUCACCAACUCCAACUCCUACACCAUCACUCACUCCAACUCCUACCAACAUGACAACAACUGCCUAA